CAGCAGUCACAUCGGCAAGGCGACGUAAUCAUGAUGUGGGGCUUCGCGACGACGGCAACCAUGGUGGCGGCAGUGUCAUCAAGCGUUUCGGCAUUCUUUGUGCCGGUGCCAACAGCGGGGACUACUGCCGUCGCAUCGCGACCUGGUUGCAAGUCGUCCGCUGGUGUGGCACCGCGAAGAGCUGCCGAGGCGGAUGCGGCGGCCAUCGAUGACCCUCGCGUAAAGGAGAUGCCCAAGAACAGGGAUCGACCAGACAAGUACACGGGGCAGUGCUUCGUGGUGAAGGACAACAUCGACACCGACCAGAUUAUCCCGGCGGAGUACCUUACUCUCGUGCCGUCUAAUGCCAAUGAGUACGAGAAGCUGGGUUCAUACGCUAUGAUCGGACUUCCGGAUGUCUACACUACACGUUAUGUGGAGGAGGGGUCCAUGGCAACGCGGUAUCCCAUCAUAAUCGCCGGGGACAACUUUGGCUGCGGCUCUUCACGAGAGCACGCACCGAUCGCUCUGGGGGCGGCGGGAGCUCGGGUUGUCGUGGCAGAGUCUUACGCAAGAAUCUUCUUCCGGAACUCCAUCGCCACAGGGGAGCUUUACCCGUACGAGUGCCAAGAGCGACUGGUCGAUGCCUUCACCACGGGAGACGACGUGACGGUGGACCUUACAACAGACACUCUCAUCAAUCACACCACCGGCAAGGAGUACCCCCUAAACCCGUUGGGAGACGCCGGACCGGUGAUCAACGCAGGAGGCUUGUUUCCCUAUGCCAUUAAGACCGGCAUGAUCAAGAAGAUGGACGAGUAAAGACGUUGGACAAAUAAUGUACGGCGAGACAAGUUGAAAGCUAACAGCAGCGAACAGCCGCAUCAUCCCCGGCGUGUUGUAGGGCGGAAGCGAGCGAGGGAGUAAGGAGGAAGUCAUUGUCACAGCUACGGCUACACCACUCGGCUACUGCUGUUUUGCGGCGUGGCUUUCGCUGGAUUGCAUGGGGGGUAAUUGGAAUCACACGAGAUAGACUUAAGGUGUUGGCUGGUGCGUGGUACUGUAGCGGUGCUCCACUGCUGUAACACUUCGAAGUGCUUUGUUGACGGGAGUACCCACCAAACACCACCAACACCUGGUGUAUUUCGACCGUAGCGCGCACGGAAACGUUACAGAACGGGAAAUGGCCAUCGCCAUAAAAUGUGUGUGAAGCUCGCGUCAAUAACUUAGGAUAAUCGUUCAACUUAGUGCAGUGGUAUUCUGGCCCUUUUCGUUUGCAGUGCUGUCUUAUGCCACACAGAGCAAAUAGCAUGCAAGCCAUGCUUUCGUGUUCUUACUCAUUCUCUCUCGCCAGUCUUACACCGCUGAGAAGCCUAUACCUACAUGAAGUACGGCGUGUACGCCUUCCGCCCCAUCCCCCAACGCAUACGCCUUCCCCCGCGGCCAAACAAUCCAUGUUUGGGGAAAAAGAGAGGCUCUAGAACGCACGUCGGCCGCUCCCCCGCCCCGAUGUGGAAGGUUGAGCACUUGGUGGUGGAGCAGCAGGGGUGCUGCUGCUACUGCUGUGUUGUUGUUGUUGGUGCUGCUGCUGCUGCU